AUGGAGAAUAGGCGAUAUCCAAGCGUGGUUGACUUAAAAAAUUUAAAUUUUGAAGAAAAAAUAGUAAAAGCUAAUUUAUUGGAAAUUGUAGGUCAGGAGAAAUACAAAUACAAACAGUAUGUUGUAGAUGAGAUGGCCGCAGCACAAGGCAUUCCAGUGCUUAGACUGCCCCCAUAUCAUUGUGAGCUCAACCCUAUUGAAUUUGUGUGGGCUCAAGCGAAGGGGCAUGUCGCAAGACACAACAGAAGUUUUAAAAUGGCGGAAGUUAAAAAACUAUUACUGGAAAUUUUAAGUAAUGUUACUCCUGAUAAAUGGCAAAAAUGUAUCAGCCAUAAAAUCGAAGAAGAAGAUAAGAUGUGCACUUUCGACGAUUUGAUUGACACAGUCGCAUACUCUUUAAUAAUUCAUGUCAGCGAUGAUGAUGAUGAUGAUGAAGAUUGUGAUAUAAGCAUUAAUGAUGAUUAA